GGAAAACAAAAGACCACCAACAGCUACAUAGCCAUUCGUUGGACUGCUCGCCGCCCCUCUCCUUCCUUUGUUGAUGGCCAAGUCUGGUCUUCAACUCUCCUCCUCCUCCUCUGUCUCCACCACCACCACCACCAGCACCUAAUGACCAUGACUCACGUCAGCCACGCUUUGGUCCAUCUCGAAGCCAAGUGGGCUCGCCUUGUUCGCCGCUUCUUCCACGCCGUGCGUAGCCACCUCCUCUCUUGUUCGUCCCCGAAUGGUCGGUACCGGCAGCUUAAGGCCAACCAAAGUGCUCCAGACCCCACGGUGGCCCGGGACAUCCCAAAGGUGGAUACGGGACAUGCGCCGGUGCGCACGGAUAUGGAGGUGGAUUCCGACGUGCUGUCGUUGAAGGUCAGCCUCCUCGGCGAUUGCGACAUCGGAAAAACAAGCUUCAUGAUGAAGUAUGUGGGCGAUGUGGAGGAACAGAGAGGAGUAGAAAUGGCAGGACUGAAUCUAAUGGAUAAAAUCUUCGUAGUAAAGGGAGCGAGGAUCGCCUUUAGGAUAUGGGAUGUAGGAGGUGAUGAUCAAUUUCUGGAUCAUGUGCCCAUUGCCUGCAAAGAUGCUGUGGCAAUUCUUGUAAUGUUCGAUCUCACCAAUCGAUGUACGCUAAACAAUGCUAUUGCCUGGCAUCAUCGAGCAAGGAGAUGGAACGCGACGGCAAUUCCGAUCUUAAUAGGAACCAAAUUUGAUGAUUUUGCUCGGCUUCCUCUUGAAAUGCAAUGGACGAUCGUGAAUCAGGCCAGAGCAUACGCAAGAGCGAUGAAAGCAACUCUGUUUUUUUCCAGCACCACCCACAACAUUAACGUGAACAAGAUCUUCAAGUUUAUCGCGGCCAAACUGUUCAACAUGCCAUGGACGGUGGAGAGAAAUUUGACUAUCGGAGAACCUAUCAUUGACUAUUAGCUGCUCGUGUUGCCUAGUGCAAGAUUGUAAAUACCAACAAGCUCCACGACAAAGUGUGAUGAUCCUUUGUCAUUCGAGAGCCAUUCAUAUUGUUCGAUGCAGAGAAUGAUAGUUUCAAGAUCAAAAAUAUGCCCAUAAGCAAGUGGAGAUUCAUGUCCACCUGAACA